AUGGGUUUCUUCCACACCUUUUGUUCUCACCGUCUUCUCGGACUACCACCUACAAAUCUCCUAUUCGUUAACCCUUUGUCCUGUCGGCUACUAACCACCGUUUUGUUUCUCUAUUGUCCAUCACUUCUUCUUUCACCUCCUCCGUUCCAGAACCCUCUGCAUCUCCCACCUCCCACCAGUAUUCGAUACACUUUGACGGUGCUUCCGCCGCACCUCCAAUCGAUUCGACACCUCCAGCCGAUUUCAUCACAAGAAAUAGUCGUUCCGAUUGGGGAAAUGCCAGAGCUGCGCAGUGGAGUACGUCGUGCCCGUGCUUCUCCUGUAGUCGACAAGAAGAGAGGUGUCAGCUCGCCGAAGGCUGCGGCGGGGAAGAAACGAUCGGAGCAAUUGGUUGGUAAGUACGUCAAAACUCGAGCGGCUGUGGCGACUUUGGUUAAGGUGAAACAACAGAAGAAUCCGCGGCGGCAGACCAAGCAGACAAAGGAGGAGAAAGAGGGUUUAGCACCACCCACGUUGGUUAUUGUUUCCGAAACAGAGGAGAGAGGAAAAGAAACAGUCAAAGAAGUACGGAUGGGGGAUAGCGGCGGAUUGAGCGCUAACAAGGUUACCGGCCAGGAGGAAGAAGGAAAUACUGCCCCUUUUCCUGAGAGGGUUCAAGUAGGUGGAUCACCACAAUAUAAGGUUGAGAGGAAGCUAGGCAAAGGUGGUUUUGGUCAGGUAUUUGUAGGUCGCCGUGUUUCUGGUGGAACUGAACGAAUAUCAGGUCCUGGAGCCAUGGAGGUAGCUCUUAAAUUUGAGCACAAAAACAGCAAAGGCUGCAGUUAUGGUCCUCCAUACGAGUGGCAAGUUUACAACACUCUAGGUGGCAGUCACGGUGUGCCUAAAGUACAUUAUAAAGGAAAACAAGGAGAGUACUAUGUGAUGGUCAUGGACAUGCUUGGACCUAGUCUAUGGGAUGUUUGGAAUUCUUCUGGCCAAUCGAUGUCAUCUGAAAUGGUAGCUUGUAUAGCUGUGGAAGCUUUGUCAAUUUUGGAUAAGCUGCAUGCAAGAGGUUACGUGCAUGGAGAUGUAAAGCCAGAGAACUUUUUACUUGGCCAGCCAUCAACAUCUCAAGAAAAGAAAUUAUUUCUUGUUGACCUGGGGUUGGCAACAAAGUGGCGAGAGACUGCUAAUGGUCAACAUGUUGACUACGACCAACGGCCUGACAUGUUCAGGGGAACAGUUAGAUAUGCUAGUGUGCAUGCACACUUGGGUAGGACUGCAAGUAGAAGAGAUGAUCUGGAAUCUCUUGCAUAUACACUCAUAUUUCUUCAUCGAGGCAGGCUUCCUUGGCAAGGGUAUCAGGGUGACAAUAAAUCGUUUCUAGUGUGCAAGAAGAAAAUGGCGACAUCUCCUGAAAUGUUGUGUGUCUUUUGCCCUGCACCUGUAAGGCAGUUUCUGGAGAUAGUUGUGAAUAUGAAGUUUGAUGAAGAACCAAACUAUUCGAAGCUAAUUUCUUUGUUUGAGGGACUAAUAGGACCCAAUCCUGCUAUAAGGCCCAUAAACACAGAUGGUGCUCAAAAGAUCAUCUGUCAAGUUGGUCAAAAACGGGGCAGAUUGAAUCUUGAUGAGGAUGAUGAUGGACAGCCUUCAAAGAAAAUCCGAAUGGGAGUCCCUGCAACACAGUGGAUUUCAAUUUACAAUGCCAGGCUACCAAUGAAACAAAGGUACCAUUACAAUGUUGCAGAUGCAAGAUUAAGCCAACAUGUUGAGAGAGGAAAUGCUGAUGGCUUACUUAUAAGCUGUGUGUCAUCUUGUUCCAACUUAUGGGCUUUGAUAAUGGAUGCCGGGACAGGGUUUUCAAGCCAAGUUUAUGAACUGUCUCCUUUCUUCUUACACAAGGAAUGGAUUAUGGAACAAUGGGAGAAGAACUAUUACAUCAGCUCCAUUGCUGGUGCUAACAAUGGAAGCUCUCUGGUGGUUAUGUCAAAAGGGACACAGUACUCUCAACAGUCUUACAAAGUUAGCGACUCGUUCCCUUUCAAGUGGAUAAACAAGAAAUGGAGAGAAGGGUUUCAUGUGACAUCCAUGGCAACCGCGGGUACCCGCUGGGGUGUUGUCAUGUCCCGUAAUGCUGGCUUCAGUGAUCAGGUGGUGGAGCUUGACUUUUCUAUAUCCAAUGUGCCUCGCCACAAGCCUGGCGAUGAAACACAGGAAACCUUACGCACAUCACAGUUUCCAAGCACACAUGUUAAGGAGAAGUGGGCUAAAAAUUUGUAUCUUGCCUGCAUUUGCUAUGGAAGAACUGUGUCUUGAAUCAUGAUGAUGAUGUGUGCAGAGAGAGAGGGUAGAGGACAGAGGACAGAGGUGGUGUGUAAAGUGUUUGUUGUAAACUCAUGUGUUGUUGUGAAUCAAGGACACCAGUGGUGGUCCAGAUUCUGAGUAGUCAACUAGUCUAGUCUUGAUGUUGAUGUUGACCCACCCAUAUUUAUAAUAUUGUUGUUUUGUAGCUGUACCUAAUCGCUGGUUAUAUGUAUGCCAUUGUGAUUGUAUGUGUUAAGCUUUGCUUCAAGGAAAGC